AUGAGCAACCAAACGAGAAGAAAGAUCGGGAGCGAGAGUGCAUCGCUGGUAUCACUCACAAAGGAAUACUUUCGGAAGGUAUUUUCGGGAGAGUGGUUGAAACCUGAUCAUUCCAAAUUGGCGCUCUUAACUCCACAGGAACGUUUGCAACAGAGAGAAUUUUUGAGAAAGAGAAUUAAAUUCAUGAUUUGGGGUUUGAUGGGAAUGGUGGCUUUCGGAGUGCCCUUGUUUAAGAGAUAUUUCGGAUCCAAUGAAGAUAGACUCAAAUAUAAAACAGCAACAGUUCUCUCGAAUGACACUCGUGAGGUUGAACAGCUGAAAGCAGAAAUUGAAGGUUUAAAACAGCAAUUGAAUGAUAAGAAGGAUGUUGUUGACGAGUAA